AUGGCUAUUCACCAACUCAAAGGACUUCUCUGCUGGGUCACAGCUCUAAGCUUUGCCGCACUCGCAGCUGGAUCACCGCUCCCAGACAUAGUCCCGCGCGCACUUACAAACUCAGACGGCACACCAUCCACCCUCCUCAUCAACCGCAACCUCCAAUUCACCCAAGACUCAGAAGCCCACCUCGCAAAACGCUUCCCCUUCUCCGCCGGCCGGGACGAGUGGUGCGGCGAAGUAGCCGAGGACCCAGCGACCGACUUCUCCGCCUCGGCGCCCCUGGCCGCGGACUGCGCGGCCCUCGUGAGCUCUUUGAACAACCAGAACGGGUUCUGGACGCUGCAGCCGGGCGAUUUCGGGACCGGAGGCGAGUGGGCGCGCGUCGCGGGGAGCGGCACGUGUAGUUUCGCGGCGCGGUACGCGGACGCGGGGAGCGCCGCGAGUCCGGUGAGGAUCGGGACGAACGAUAUCCGGUUCUACGCGAACCGGUACGCCGUGCUGGAGCGGGAUGGCAAGUUGGGGUUGCAGGGGACCGUGCAGUGUAAUAACGACGAGAGGAUGGUGUUUGUGACUUGGGGGUUUAUACGGAGUUAG